AUGGGCAAACCACGUGUGAUAUACUGGUUCCGAACUGACCUCCGCCUGCAUGACUCCCCGGCACUCCAGGCAGCGCUCGACCUGUCGCCUGACGUCCUCUGGCCAAUCUUCACCUGGGACCCCCACUAUGUAUACAAGGCCAAGGGAGGCGUUAAUCGGUGGCAGUAUCUCCUGGACUGCCAAAAUGAUCUGUCCAAAUCGAUAACGAAGUUGAACCCCAAAUCCAAGCUUUUCGUGCUUCGGGAGGGACCGCAGACCUUAUUCCCAAAACUGUUCAAGGCUUGGGGCGUCACGCACUUAGUCUUCGAGCGUGACACCGAUACUUACGCCAAGCAGCGUGACCAGCUUGUGGCUGAAUUGGCACGUAAGGCUGGUGUCGAAGUCAUUACUCGUUAUGGCCGUACACUGUGGGAUAGCGACGAGAUCGUGGCCAAGAAUGGAAACAAGCCGACCAUGUCCAUCGUCCAACUUCAACAUGCCGGGCAGAAAGUCGGACAAAUCCCAAAGCCGAUACCGGCACCCAAGUCGUUGCCUGAUCCUGGAGGGACGCCUGUGGAUUUUGAGCCAGAAGAGCCAGAUAGAGAUCCCGAUCUCAACGCUGACUUCCGCAAGCACAAGGACAAAACAUAUUCAACCAUCGCUGGGCCUAAAGGCGACUUUGCCGUGGAAACGUUGGAGGAGCUUGGGUUCCCGCCAGCCACAACACCUCAUCGGGGAGGAGAGACCAUUGCACUGACAGUGCUCGGCGAGAUUAUCGCCAACAAAAAGUACACUGCGACAUUCCAGAAGCCGAAGACUAGCCCGGCUGCCUUUGAGCCGCAGGCCACGACCUUGCUCUCGCCCCAUAUGCACUUUGGUUCACUAUCUGUGCGCCUCAUCUACUGGAAAGUCCAAGAAGUGGUUGAUGGCUAUGGCAAAGGAGCUUCGACGCCGCCUGAGUCGCUGACUGGGCAGCUUCUCUUCCGCGACAUGUACUUUGCUGCUCAGGCUGGUAUAGGGGCACCGUUCGGGCAGACACUCAACAACGCAUAUGUGCGCUUCAUUCCGUGGCAUCUGCCUUCCAAUACAAUGGAAGAUACAGACAUUGGCGAAGGACCCAUCGCUGUCAGCGGGUCGUACCGCGUCGACUCGCCAGUGGCCGAAAAGUGGUUCCAGCGGUGGAAGUACGGCGUGACAGGUUUCCCUUUCGUCGAUGCUUUGAUGCGGCAGCUUCGCCAGGAAGGUUGGAUACAUCACCUUGGACGUCACCUUGUGGCCUGUUUCCUCACACGGGGUGGCUGUUACAUCCACUGGGAGCGUGGGUGCGAGGUCUUUGAGGAGUGGCUCAUCGACCACGAGCCCGCUUGCAAUGCUGGCAACUGGCAGUGGUUGAGCUGCACCGCGUUCUUCUCGCAGUUUUUCCGCUGCUACAGCCCAAUCGCCUUUGGCAAGAAGUGGGACAAGAGCGGUGCCCUCAUUCGCAAAUAUGUCCCAGAGCUUAAAGACCUCGACGAGAAGUAUAUAUACGAGCCGUGGAAAGCCCCACCGCAAGCAUUGGCUGCUGCGAAAGUCAAAAUCCAUGGCGAUGGUCUGCAUGAGCCAAGAGAAGGGGUGUAUCCAGAGCCCAUGCUGGACUUCAAUGAGCGCAGAACCGUGUGCCUGAAUGCCAUGAAAGUGGCAUAUAAGAUUGGCUUGCAUGGAAAUGAUGAGAAGGUCAAAGAUGGGUCGUGGAAGAAGCUUUUUGAGGACGCGGGAGAGAAGGAGAUGGAGGGUGCCGAGAUUCCCAGCGAUGACAACGGAUCUGAAGCUGACGACGCGGAGCACGAGAACCACAAGCGGAAACGGGGCACAGGGGGACGACGGAAGAGUGAUGCAGUAAAACAGGGACCAAUGGAUCGGCAUGUCAAAAAGACGAAGGCCGCUGCGUAG